AUGUUCCGAGCAGUAUCGCGCUCAGUUGCGCGCCAGAGCCGAUCGUCGAGAAUAGCGAGCCGAACACCACAACUCUUACGCCCACUCUCUACCACCGCGUGUCGCAUGUCGAGCUCGACACUCAAGAAUGUAGACCCCCCAGUAUCGACAGCACUCCCUGGCGAUUCCUUUCAGCUGCUCCCUGAAGCUUCGAAAGCGGGUCAGGCGGAAGAUGCGCUCUUCGAGGAGCAGGUACAAGCCGUGAAGGACUGGUGGGCGUCACCACGGUACAAAGGCAUCAAGCGCCCAUACUCUGCGGAGGAUGUCGUGAGCAAGCGGGGCGCGCUCCAGCAGUCAUAUCCCAGCUCAUUGAUGGCGCGGAAGCUGUUCAACCUCCUGGAGGAGAGGGCGGCCAAGGGCGAGCCAGUACACACCAUGGGCGCAAUUGACCCCAUUCAAAUGUCCCAACAAGCUGCGAACCAAGAAGUCCUCUAUGUCUCCGGAUGGGCUUGCUCCUCAGUCUUGACAACCACGAACGAAGUCUCGGCCGACUUUGGCGACUACCCUUACAAUACCGUACCGAACCAAGUGCAGCGUCUGUUCAAGGCACAGCAGCUACAUGACCGUAAGAGUUGGGAUGCCAGGAGGAAGAUGAGCUCAGAAGAACGGGCAAAGACACCUUACCUGGACUACAUGCGGCCAAUUAUUGCUGAUGGCGACACCGGCCACGGAGGUCUUUCUGCAGUCAUCAAGUUGGCAAAGCUCUUUGCUGAGAAUGGAGCUGCGGGUGUUCAUUUCGAAGACCAACUCCACGGCGGCAAGAAGUGCGGACAUCUUGCAGGGAAAGUUCUCGUACCAGUUGGUGACCACAUCAACCGCCUGGUAGCUGCAAGAUUCCAGUGGGACAUGAUGGGUUGCGAGAACCUUGUCAUUGCACGCACUGACUCGGAGAGUGGCAAGCUGAUCUCAAGCGCCGUUGACGUGCGAGAUCACGAGUUCAUCAAGGGUGUUACAGAAGACACUGAGCCGCUGGCCGAGACAUUGCAGAACAUGGAGGCGGCUGGCGCACCAGGCAAAGAGAUUGACCAAUACGAGGCAGCGUGGGUGAAGAAGCACAAGCUUGUAACCUUCGACGAGGCUGUGGUCCAGCACCUUGAAAAGGAGAGUGCAUCUCAAUCGACCAUCAACUCAUACCUCAAUGAGGUCAAGCAGAACCCUGACUACUCUCUUCUGAAGCGACGAAAAGUAGCGGACAAGUACACCAAAACACCCGUUUACUUCAACUGGGACAUCCCCCGUACCCGCGAAGGCUUUUACCACUACAAAGCUGGUGUCGCUGCUGCAACAAAGCGCGGCAAAGAAUACGCUCCAUACGCAGAUCUGCUCUGGGUCGAAACCGGUGACCCGAACGUCCAAGAAGCAGCUAGGUUCGCCGGUGAGAUUCGUGCAGUGCACCCUGGCAAGAAGUUCGUAUACAAUCUGUCUCCUAGCUUCAACUGGAUGGGCCAGGGCUUCUCGGAAGAAGCACUAAAGUCUUUUGUCUGGGAUCUGGCGAAACACGGUUUCGUGUUCCAGCUCAUUUCGCUUGCUGGAGUACACUCUACUGCGACGAUCACAUGCGAACUUAGCAGGGCAUUCAAGGAUGAAGGCAUGCUUGCAUAUGUAAAGUUGGUGCAGGCAAGAGAAAAGGAACUGGGAUGCGAUGUGCUUACGCACCAGAAAUGGUCUGGCGCAGGAUACAUUGAUGGCAUUUUGGGAGCGAUACAGAGUGGCAGCUCGGGCAGCAAGAGUAUGGGCGAGGGAAGUACUGAGACGCAAUUUUAA